AUGUUCUUGUCAAUCAGACUGUUUGUUUAUUUAUUUUAUGCAUCAUGUUUAGAAAUUGAAAAGGAUGAUAAGAGCCGAUUUCAUACUUUCCUUUAUGCAGAAGACAUUCACUCUUCAAGAAUUAGAAAAGAUAUUGAAAGGCAGAAACUACCUGUCAGCAAAGAUCAGAUAAAAGAAAUGCUUGCUGAAUAUGCACAUAUUAUGUAUCAGAAAUCUGAAAAAGCUUUAGUUAUUUUGCAUGAUUUAUUUGAAAUAAAAGACGAAAGAGAUGAAGAGUCAAUGAAGAAAGUUUUUGAUAUCAUAGAUGAACACGUGACUGACGUUGCUGAAAAGAAUUUACUGUUAAAAAAAAUUGAAAAAGAAACACCUCUUGAUUUGAAACAGAAAAAAAUUGAAAUACGCAAAAAAGUUGUCCAGGAAAUUGCUAAAAAAAUGUAUCCGAAUAAUUCACAAAAUGAAAUACUUGUAGUGAAAACAUUAACUAAUUUGACACCUGAACAAUUAUAUAAUACGGCUCGGCAUUGGGGAGUGAUAACUGCCUGUAAAACAACCAAUAAUGACAGUUUUACUCAACAACGAAGCAGAAGAAGUAUAGGUUACGAAACUUCUUACAACACUUUGACAGUUUCCGAAAAAAAAAGUUUAGAAUGUCAAAACACAAAUUGUUAUACGAUGGCUAAUACAUGA